GGAGAAACACGAAUCUGCCAGUUGUGGAGACACCAACGCGUUCACCAUGUCGCUGUUCCUGCUGCUGUUGAUGCUGGCCACCUGUGACUCUCAAUAUAAUCUACUUACUGUCCCAUUUAAGGGGGCAGUGAUGACUUACUAUCCAAAAAACACUACCACAACUGAUUUUAUGGUGAAUGUUCGAUAUACAGUAUACUAUGAGUUGUGCACAAAUCUGGGGUGGCAGUGUCUGAGUGGGGACUGCGGUGGUGAGAAUACAGUGGUGUACACUGUCAAGUCCAGUGACAUUGAGGGCUGGUGUCAGACGGAGGGAGUCUCAACUCGGCAGAUUCCCAGCAACGCCCCAUUUCAGUUGUGGUUCAAUGGCAGUGACUGGACAAGUAACGCCAAUGGAAUAGUACGUUCCAAAGCGGUGACUCUGGUGGAGCUGAGGACUCGGUCGGACACUGGCAAAGCCAACACCUCCCCCCAGACCACCAUCCUGGCAGAUCUGAGAGUUCCUUCGAACUGUGAGAGAGUCUACAGUCUCUUGGCCUUUGACCCUGAUGGAGAUGAUGUUAAAUGUAGACCAGGAAAUGCAUCGCUCUCUGAAUGUGACACCUGCACACUCCCUUUGGGUCUCGUUUUAGACAAUUGCACUUUUUCACUGAUGAAUUCCAGCGUCCUUGAAGGAAGCCUAAAAUAUGUUAUACAGCUUGUGAUGGAGGACUUUCCCAGGCAGACAAUCACUUUGACUCAAUCUGACGGUUCUCGGGCAACGUUAACUACCAGUGAUGCGAUCAGCAAAAUCCCUGUGCAGUUUCUUUUGCAAUUGGAUCCUCCUGCGCCAUCCUGCACAGAGGGACUGUAUAUUCCCCAGUUCCUGCCUCCAACCCCAACCCAUGGAGCUCUUUUCAUCACUAGAUAUCUGCAAAUAGACAUCACAGUCCAGGCAAAUCUCUCCACGAUUUCAGACCUUGUCGUCAGUGGGCCACAUAACGUAAUCGUGACCUUAUCGGGACCAGGACAGUUCACUCUGUCAUGGUCACCAAUUCAGGAUGAGGACGGAGAAAGCCACUCCAUCUGCUUUGUUGCUGAAGCAACACUCAAUUCAGUUGUGUAUCAGUCAGUCCUUCGAUGUGUUAUUGCGAUCGUUGAUUUGACCCCAGCAGCCCCUUCUAUACCUGUCUCACCUCUAUAUGUUGUCAACAAUACCGAACCAGCCACAACUCUGCCAGACACGGUUAACACGAGUAACAUCACGGAUUCACCCUCUCCACUAGUUGUUGGCACCACCCCGUCACCAAAUCCAGCCAGCGCUUCUACGCCUGCACCAAUGAAUAUUGUCGGCCUGAGUGUGAAGGUUUCCUCGCUGACCCCUCUGUCUGAUGCUGACAUCUUCCUGCAGGUGAAAAACAUACUGGUGAGUUUUGGGCUGCCCCAAGACGUCGUCGUAAGGAUCGUGAACGCGGUGCAGCUGUAACCUACCGACAACCACAGUAUCACCUCGCGCUACAUGGUGAUCACUUACAGUACUUAUCAACUGUUUGCUAACAAAGUUUGAUGCACUAAUAGGUGAAUUUUUUCAUUUGCCUCCUUGGGUUUUCUGGUUUACAUCAGGUGUUACAGCCCCAGGUCUCUGUAGCUGUACCAUGUAGAUUUAGUCAUUGGUGAAAGUAUUACACACGUUACAUUUUAUAUAUUAAAAUGUCAACAAUCUUGAUUAGUUGAGAUAAAUGAUGUUGGCUUUAAAGUGAAACUAAAACUAUGUUGGUUCCUAUGGGUUGGCUUCAAGAGAACCUGCAUUCAUAGUGAAAGUGUGACCAGCUUUUGUGUGUUUGCAUUGUCCUAGAAGAACAAUACUCCUCAAAGCUGUAGGACCUGAAACAGCACCUUAGGAAAGAAUGUACUCUGUCCAAACAAAGACAUGUGCAGUAUAGCAGAAGAGCUUUUACAAUACAGAAGAAUUUCUUUUAUGAUAGAUAAAGAACCAGGAGGAGGCCUGGCAUGAGGAAGCAUUUAGUCAUUGUUUACAUUCUGAGGGCUUUGCAUUCCCAAACCAGGGAGUCAAGCAAGAGACAGUUAUAGUCUCUUUUUUACUACUACUGUACAUGUGUUAUUCCAUAUUUAAUAAUUAAUAAUCAUUAUAUUAUAUUAAAAUAAUAAUUUUACAACAGGUGCAUAUACUGUACAUACAAAUAGUUCAUGUGUUUAUUUAAUAACUCAAUUUCAAUUUGAUUCAUUUUCCAACAAAGAUAAAUUAAUUGAGAAUAUUAAAAAUGAUGGCAACUUGUCCAAUGUGUGUCAAGUGUCAAUCACUGUGGAGAAAGACUGGGGGUUGCUCAGUGCACUUUGGUAGCAGGUUGGGAGAGGUUAGGGUAAAUGCAGGUCCCAGCAGGUCUCAGUGCAUCAUCGGAUGCACUGAUAAAGCCCAGUACACAGGGCCUGCAGCAGGCGAUCACACACUGCACAUUCACAUUCAUUUAUUUCAUUUAGAUGAUGUUGGGCCCAACAAACCUGCAUGUUUGGGUUAUCUCUUACCAUAUGCUGUCUAUAUUGUUUGUAAUUGCUGAGCUGUUGAAAGUGAUAGUUAUUGUUCUGCUCAGUUUGCUGAGGAGACUGCGUCUGUUGUGACCACAGUGACCCCUGCUGGUUUGUGUGGGGUUUUAACUCUUUCAACAUGAGGUGCUCUAUGUAACUUUUAGCAUUAUUAAAAACAGGGUGUUAAAUGCUAAUGUACAGUAUAAAUUAAAAACACGUUUCUGCAAAGUAUUGAAAAAUAUAAAUGUGUUUUUUUUGUCUGUAAUAUUUUGUAAUAUUUUUUUUUCUUUUAUCUGUGUAACUGUGUACGAGACAUCUAGUAAACUACAGUAUAGUAUAUUUAACCCUUACAUGUAGAACUCAAUUCACAAAUCAAAUUAUUGCAAGAAAGUAGAAAGAAUCCAAAGUAUUGUGAAAGACAUCAGGUUUAUUUCCAGUCAAAUGAGGCAGAGCAGCAUGUCAAUAGGAAUAAUACAAGGUCACGUUUCAGAGAUAGCAACAAUAAACAGAACAUGUAAACUUGUUGGUUUUAUUUUCAGGGCGUAGAACUGACUUCAGCCGACCAGCCAACAAACAUAAAGUUUUACCAGGAGCCAAAGUGCUCUGCAGUGCAAAAUAUGAAUAUUAUUCUGAUGACUGUAGUGACCCUCACUAGUUCAACUAGUUCAACACUUUACCUACAUCUACUCCACUCUGGGAAAAGUGACUGGCACUUUAUGGAGCUUAUCAUAAAUUAUACUGGGUUUUUACAAUACUGACUUUACAGUUGAACAUAAUAUCUCAUUGGUUCUUUGGUUUUGGAUGGAUCGGCUCUAGUUUGAACUGGUCAAUAAGGUUUCAGGUGUUAGAAGCGUCAACAGGCAAGUAGAUCUGAAAUAUCCGUGUGACUGGCUGGUGGCUGAUCGUUCACUUUGGGCCCCUGUUUGUUUGUACACACAUUCCUUCUCGCUGUCAAGAUUCACAGCAAAUGGGGUGCGCUUGUUUUAGUUUUAGCCAGUGGCUUAGAAUAAGCUGGAUUUUAGCCUGUGGAAUCACUGAUAACUCACUUGGUUUUCCACCAGUGUGGGUGAGUUAAACAAGCGCACCCCAAUGUUUAACAAUAUAUAAAAAAAAAACGAUAACAAUAGAUUAGUCGCAUUUGUCAACAGUGUCAAACAAGUACCCCAAUAGUUAACACUGACCUGGACAAAAGUCAUUUACAGUUUUACGUUUUAGAUGUGAUACAUCUAAAGUGCACAUCAAUUUGUUAAUCUAAAUCCUGCACCAGCAAUU